GACCGCUUCGUAUCUUUAAUAUUAAUUUUCAGCAAAGGACCAUGCGGGCGGCGAAAGGAUUUUGACUUUCAUUUAUUCAUCAGACAUUAUUCUAAUUUAUGAUUCCUAAUUCGAGAUCCACAUCCACAUCCGUCUCUGCCCUCGUUUCGCACGGCGUUAGACAGGUUGGACGGUGUUUGGACGGUGUUGAAAGUGAAGCCGAUCGGAAUUUCGAAGAGACACAGACGAGAGAAGAGAGAGAAGGGAAGCAUUAGCAUUAUCAUCAUCGUCAUCGUCGUCGUCGUCACCAGCAUCAACGCCAGCAUCAACGCCAGCAUCAUUCAUUCAAUCGCCCCCUCGACCCUUAUUCGUGCACGCUUUCUUGCCUGCUCUUAUCUCGACUCGACCCCUUGUGCUCCAUCUCUGUUUCGCAUAACCAUCUAGUUUCUCAUAACUCUCUUGUAUCGUGUAUCGUGUAUCGUGUAUCUUGUAUCUCGCGCCGUGCAUCUUGCACCUUGCAUAGAUUCUCUAUUCGGUGAGUAAUUGAUACCUUUUUCGAGCCAGACCCAAUCCUGGUUAACCCGCUAAACAAUUUAGAUCAAUCUCCGCACUUCGCAUCCCAUCCUAUCCCAUCGUGUCCUAAUCCCGUCCCAUCCUAAUCAAAUUGCCCUUCAGAUUCGGGUUCACAUUCAUAUUCACAUAUUCACAUUCCAAACCAAAGCCAAACCAAAAUCAACCUAUAUUGAUUGAUGCCAAUUUUACCGGCACGUUAUUACUUGAUCGAGCUCACACAGUAUCGCCUACUCCGUACUAGGCACUAUUCGUGCUUCAAACUCAAAUCGGGUCGAUAACAGUCACCAGUCACCAGUCACCAGUCACAAUUAAUACAUAUAUGAUAUUACAUCUCUACCAAGUACCUGCCAAUCAACCAAGCCACCCAUCCAUCCAUCCUGCCUCAUCUACCCUACACCCUGUUGUUGAUAUCCGACCCGAAAAAGCCUUUUCCUGGCCUGGAAAGCUCCCUCACCACCUUGCCUUACCUACCCAGCUGCUUUUUUCCUGCCACCAAAAAUCCCUCCUCUCUCCUCUCUCCUCUUUCUCACCCAGCCCAGCCUCCAACGACUAAAACCCUUUGGGCCAACAAAUCUCAAUUGGUUGUGCAAGAGAAUAAACAUCGUGUCAACAAAUUUUACGUCCAUUGCUUUUACUUGUACAUCAAUAAUAAAUAAUAUCCCCCCCGACAAAAAGGUCAGUUCGCUUUAAUCCACACCCCGCAUUAUUUCCCAAGCAGUAGGUACAGAGAGAUAUUUAGAGAACUUUUAUAAAAUCUAUCUAUCCAUCUAUCCAUCUAUCCAUCCUCUUGCGCAAUUAGUCCUUGAGAGCAGAAGAGGGGGCCCUGUCUGCGCCUCGAUCCAGAACUCUUAACUGUUACCUGAGCUCACCUCGGCUCCGCAUCACAAACAACGAGCGUGAGAGAGAGAGAGAGCUUGUUUCUUCUUCCCUCAUUUCUUCAACUUCCCGAUAUUGCCGUCUGAAUCAAACAAGUCGCAUACACGAAUGUCCAUGAAUUUUCAUACUAAUUAAUUGUUCAAUUAAAUAGCUUCCGAGGGUUUGAAUGACCUCUCACCCAUCACAAUGUCGGUCAAAUUCGAGAAAGAUACCAUAAAAACCACCGGUCCUCUUCCAGGAAUACAAGGCGUUCCGGCCAUGGAUGUCAAAGAAGUUCACCAUCAUCACCAUCUACCAGGCCAUCACUUAAGACACAAUGUGGGUGUCGCAUUAACUGGAGGCAAAGCCAAUGAAGGAACGCCAGGAUAUUUAGCUUUGUAUCUCAAAGAGCUACAGACCAAUCCUCUUCGCACGAAAAUGCUUACUUCUGGCACAUUGUCGGCUUUACAAGAACUUUUGGCCUCAUGGAUCGCGAAGGAUCGCAAUAGGGACGGCCACUAUUUCACAUCUCGAGUACCCAAAAUGGCGGCAUACGGUGCUUUCAUCAGUGCUCCAUUAGGCCAUGUAUUGAUUAGUAUUUUGCAAAAGAUAUUUGCUGGACGUACGAGUUUGAAGGCCAAGGUUCUUCAGAUUCUUUUGAGCAAUUUAGUUGUUGCUCCAAUUCAAAACACAGUGUAUUUGAUCUCAAUGGCACUUAUUGCAGGCGCAAAGACUAUUCAUCAAGUACAUGCGACUUGGAGAGCUGGCUUUAUGCCAGUUAUGAGAGUCAGCUGGAUUACUUCUCCUCUCGCUCUAGCUUUCGCACAAAAAUUCCUUCCCGAGCACACUUGGGUUCCAUUCUUCAACGUCAUUGCUUUCACUAUCGGAACCUAUGUGAAUGCGACCACAAAGAAGAAGCGUCUCGCAGCUCUUCGCAAGAGACACUACGACGAGACUAGAGAGACUAGAGGAGGAAGACCCGACGACUACCCUGGACCACAUAGUGGACCGGGAGGCCAAAUGGGAGGACCAGGACAGAAACGCGACUACUAAUUUACGAAGGAACGAAGGGGAAGGGGGUCAUUAAGAUGAACUAGCACAGCAUGAACCAAAUUCGGCUGUGCUUAUUGUCGCAAAUUUUUCCUUAUCAUAAUGUAUUUUCGGUUCACGGAUCUCAAUUUGGCACGAGGUCAGAUUUACUGGUUAUGGGUGGCGACCGCUUGCAGAUAUCCUUGUGGUCCAUGCGAGGCCUUGCUUGCUCUUUUCUCGGGGGGCACAAUACCACGUAAAAAGCCUCACCUCACCUGUUGUAUAGUUUUUACGAUUUCAUUGGUUAUAAGUAGAAAUGAAUGGGCGUUUGCUUGUCA